GAAAGAAUGAAGCUUUUACUUCAUGCGACAAAUGGUAGGAUAUGACUUACAUGGAAUCCAUUGUGUUCCAGUAGAUGUUCAGGGGGGCUAAAAAAAGUGCUUGAUUUUCUGCAAAUUUGGUGUGGUCGAAAGCAAUAUGCUGAGGUUGAUAAGGAGACUGCGACAUCCUUACUUGACAACCAAAGGCUACUCUUCCUUAGACCGUGCCGCCCAUCUCCAACCUAAUCCAAAACAGCAACAACAUCAACAACUAAAGCAAUUGGUCUCCAUCUUACUCAAACACCCAUCAAGCCGCCAAGCCACCCAACAAGUCCACUCUCACUUCAUCACCUCUGGCUUACUACACAACCACCACUCUACGUCCUAUAUUCUUCUUUUUAAUACUUUGCUCCGCUGCUACUCUCUCAGCCAAUCCCCUCUAGAAGCUUUCAUGCUCUACAAGCACCUCAACUAUCUUUCCUUUGACAGCUUCACCUACACUUUCCUUCUACACGCAUGCUCUAACUUACACUCCACCCCCGCUGGACUUCAACUCCAUGCUCUCAUCCUCAAAGUUGGUUUUCAAUCCCACGUUUACGUACAAACUGCUUUGGUAUAUGUGUAUGCUGUUUGUGGGUCUUUAUUUGAAGCUUUGCAUGUGUUUUACGAAAUGCCCGACAGAAACACCGUCACAUGGAAUGUCAUGAUCACAGGAUUGACGAAAUGGGGUCACCUCCAACUUGCUCGUUCUCUCUUUGAUCAGAUGCCAACUCGGACUGUUGUGUCCUGGACUGCUAUCAUCGAUGGGUACACACGCAUGAUUCUGCCUGAUGAAGCUUUGGCUUUGUUUCGAAGAAUGAUUAUUGAUGACGGUAUAGAACCCACUGAAGUUACCUUUCUGGCCAUUUUUCCGGCCAUUUCAAAUCUCGGGACUCUUAAAAAUUGCCAAUCAGUUCACGCUUAUGGAGAGAAAGCAGGAUUUAAUGCGUCUGACAUACGCAUUACAAAUUCCCUCAUAGACUCAUAUGCAAAAUGCGGGUGCAUAAAGAGUGCAUCGAAAUUCUUUGAGGAGAUAUCUGGCCAGAGGAAAAAUUUGGUGUCUUGGACAUCUUUAAUCGCUGGUUUUGCAAUGCACGGUAUGGGAAAAGAAGCUCUAGAGAGUUUUGAAAGGAUGGAGGAAAUUGGUAUGAAGCCAAAUCGGGUGACUUUCUUGAGUGUUUUAAAUGCUUGUAGUCAUGGAGGCCUGGUUGAUGAUGGGCUAAAUUUUUUCAACAAGAUGGUAAAUGGGACGUAUCAAGUUGUGCCGGAUAUCAAGCACUAUGGGUGUUUAAUAGAUAUGUUGGCGAGGGCAGGGAGGUUAGAAGAAGCAGAGAAGAUGGCAUUCGAGAUACCUGAUGAGAUUCUAAAUGUCGUGAUUUGGAGGACACUUUUAGGUGCUUGUAGCUUUCAUGGUAAUGUCGAGAUGGGUGAGAGGGUCACCAGGAAGAUAUUGGAGAUGGAGAGAGCAUAUGGAGGGGAUUAUGUGCUCAUGUCCAACAUCUUUGCCGGUGUUGGAAUGUUUGGAGAUGCUGAGAGGUUGAGAAAAUUGAUGGAUGAGAGGAAUGUCUUCAAAGUUCCAGGCCACAGUUUGCUAUAACUGAAGAUAAAGUUGGGUUGUCAUGGUCUAGACAGAUUGUCCUAUAUCUGAAUGCUGGGUUGAUAAGGGAACUGCUUAACGUAAUGACAGAUAUCUCGUCCUUUUAGGAGUGCUUUUAUGUUGGUUGAGACUGUUUCAUGGGGUCCCUUAACUUCGCUUUUUUAUUGGGUAAUUUUGGAAUCUGCAUAAAACAUAAAAAAUUGGUAAUGCUGUUGUUUGAAGGAUGAAUAGGUUGUCCACAAGAAUGCAGGAACCAAAAAAGCUUCAGUCCUGAACUUGCUGGGGGUGAACUCUUUUGCAUGGGGAUAAUCAAAUUCCAGUCCCAUAAUCAUACUUUCUCCUCUCAAGCAAAUUCUAACCCUAGUUAUUUAUUUUUAUAUUUUGGCUCUAACCCUAGUUAUUUGCAUGAAGGGAGGAGCAGUUCAAUCCAAGCAUUAGUGGCACCUAUGGAAUUUGGAGGGUCGGAACAUUCCAUUUUUAACAGCAAUUGCUGCCAACAAUGGAACAUCUGGCUUAGAGCGGCAGUUGAGAUUGGCGGUCGAGUUUCACAGUUCAUGGGUGGAUCUACCCCCAUUUGUUAUUUGGAUCAUUGCCCGAUAUUGCCCAAGACGAGGUAAAGUCUUACUGGGAUCUGUUUCUCAAGGUGAGGAUGAUAUGGAAGAGAGCAUAGAUAAGGAUUUUUCAGCGGUUUAUCAUAAUGGUUCGAGUGUCCAAGCCUGACAUUGAAACCAAAAAGAAAUAUCAGGUUAGGCCUGUUUCUUUUGAAAGAGUGUCGUGGCUUCCUUUCUGCCAAUUACCACUUGCUGUAAUUCUGAGUGAACUGUGCUUGUGCUUGUUCUCAUUUUUUAUCGUUCCAGGAAUUAAAAAAAAAUCUUGAGCAGCCCAUCUUGGGUUGAUAAGAUACUUAAAAGUACUGUUUGAAACAUAUAUAUGUAGGUUAAUAUGAUUCCAACCUCCAUGACAAAUUAGGUAACGGUUGAAGCUUACCUAUGUAGCUCUUUUUGAACUGUAACUAGGACAUAAAAAUGGAGGAUGUUGUACGUACAUUCUGGCUUUUUAUAAACAGAUCAUAUAUAUCAUGUUAGGAAGGAGUAUGAUAACUCUAG